AUGGGUGGGAAAGAAGGUUCCACUUUUGGCAGGACACCCAUGUCUCUAGGGCACACACCUGAGAAAUGGGAAACCUGGAUUCAGGUCUCUGCUCAGCUUGAGAAGCUUCAACCUUUGAACACGUCCAUCUCAGGAAGGAAACAGGGCAGAUAUGAUCACGUUGAUUUUCCAUCUGCCUGCCUCUGCCUAUUGCUGGUGGAACCCACUGGCUGUACCACGCAGAAGGGCAGAGCUCUCCAAGGAGUCAGAUUAAAGAUUUUCUUUGCCAGACCAUCCUCCAUAAGACUUUGCACAAACCACCAGAAACUCCAACCCACCAGCAAACAAGAGAACCCCGAGCUUGCCCUUUAUCCUGCAAAUGUAUGCAUUUUCUUUACCAAUACCAGGAAUCCCAGCGGUUCCCCCCACACUAAUAAAGGUGAUCUGUGGAUGAACCAAGCAGUGAAGCUGUUCAGAGAAAGCAGAAACGACCUGGCUGAGUCCUAUCAGCAGCUCAUUUCAUCUUCCAUGGCCAACUGCUUUGAGCAAAGACAACAAACUUCAUUUGUUAACCAACUGUCUCUGGGGGAUGAUUUCUCUUGGACGUUGGCUUCUGGGAGCCAUGCAGGUCUCCCAGGUCUCCUCUUUGUUGUCCUGUGCCUUGGACUACCUUUUGAGCUGGGGCAAAGCAUUUGCAACCAACCUCUGAAGAAGGAAAAGUAA